AUGGUUCAUAGAUACCAACCUUCAAUUGUUGGUAUUUCUGAACCUUUUAUUAAUCUAAGUGCACUUAAAUCUUCUUUUUGGCAUUCUUUGAAGAUGUUUCCGGCUGCAGUGAAUGAUCGGGGAGACCAACCCCCAAAUAUUUGGCUCCUUUGUGAUCAGGCUGUUCAACCGACCGUGUUACUAGCUACUGAUCAGCAGCUCACGGUUUCCUGCACUCUGGACACUGUCAAGUGUGUUAUCACCUGGGUUUAUGCUAAGACAACGGUGCCGGACCGUCGUCUGCUUUGGAGAGAUCUUCUACAGGUUAAAAAUACCUUUGUUCAAGGUCCAUGGAUAGUGUUGGGAGAUUUUAAUUGUGUUCUUGGAGCUCAUGAAAAAAGAGGAGGACUUCUUCCCAGUGCCAUUUCUUGUUCUGAGUUUCAAGAUAUGUCAACUAAUUGUGAACUAAUUCAUCUUCCUACUAAGGGCUUGCCUUAUACUUGGACGAAUAAAAGGGGGGUUAGUGCGAAUGUUGAAAUGAGGCUCGAUCGGUGUCUCAGUAAUUUUUCUUGGAUUGAUGUUUGGCGCAAGUUGGAGUGCUCCACCCUCCCUCGUUGUUCCUCAGAUCAUUCUCCUCUUUUAGUGUCCUUCUCAAGGCUCAUGCUAAUUCAGCGACCACCGUUCCGGUUUCAACGCAUGUGGUUGGAUCAUCCAAGUUUUCUUUCUUUGGUAACAGAUGUCUGGCAGAGUGCUCAAUUCUUUGGUAAUCCAAUGUUUGUGUUGGCUUCUAAGCUUAGGACUCUUAAACAACGGUUUCGGGCUUGGAAUAAAACUGAAUUUGGGGAUGUCAACAAAAUGGUGGAGAAUUCUUUUCUGGACUUGGACAGAAUUCAGCAGGAAAUUGCUAGUUUGGGGCCUUCAGAUGACAGGCUUUCCCAGGAAAGUGUGGCUAGCGCUCAAGUUCAUAUGGCCCUUGCUCAUCAAGAAAGAUUUUACUGUGAUAAAUCAAGGAUUAAGUGGCUUUCAGAAGGUGAUCGUAACACAUCUUUCUUCCAUGCAAUGGUAAAGGUUCGUCAACUUAAGCAUUCCUUAUCGGUUUUGAGGGAUGGCAGCCGUGUUAUUGACGAUCCGAAGGAGAUCAGUGACCAUGUUAUUAAUUAUUUUAGCGACCUUUUCACUGCUGAUUCUUCUGUUAUUGACACUGGUUUGGUUUCUCAAGUAAUUCCCAAGAUUGUAACUAAUGAAGAAAAUGCUCAGCUUACGGCAAUUCCCACUUCCGAAGAAAUUUUUCAAGUUAUGUGUUCCAUGGAUCAUAAUAGCUCUCCAGGUCCAGAUGGUUUUGGGGGAGUUUUCUAUAUGAAAUGCUGGUCGAUUGUUGGUGAGGAUGUUAUCCAGGCUGUUCAAAGUUUUUUCACUCAUGGGUACAUUCUCCCCCACUUUAACUCAAACUUGAUGAUUUUGAUUCCUAAAGUUCCUGGUGCAGACUCGGUAACACAGCUGCGUCCUAUUGCUAUGGCGAAUUUUGUUUUCAAGCUUAUCACAAAAAUUAUAGCAGAUAGAUUGGGUUGUAUUGCAGCUCGGAUUAUAUCCCCAAAUCAAAGUGCUUUUCUUAAAGGUCGCACUAUUGCAGAUCCUAUUAUAUUGACAUCAGAGUGCAUCAACCUCCUGGAUCAUAAGUGCAAGGGUGGAAACAUAGCAAUUAAAUUUGAUGUGCAAAAGGCUUUUGAUACCCUGGACUGGAGAUUCUUAAUUCGCGUACUGAAGGCUUUUGGUUUUUCUGAUCCUUUUGCGGAUUGGAUUAAAGCUAUUUUGAAUUCUGCACACUUGUCAAUUCUUAUUAAUGGUGCAACGGAGGGUUUCUUCUCCUGUUCUCGGGGUGUUCGACAAGGUGAUCCCUUAUCACCUAUUCUAUUUUGUCUUGCUGAAGAGGUUUUGAGUAGGGGUCUCACCAAGUUGGCAGAGGAUGGGCGUACUGACUUGAUGUCAGCUCCUCUUGGUAUUACUCCGCCCUCUCAUGUUCUUUUUGCAGAUGAUAUUAUGGUUUUCAUGCGGGGUACUAAGCGUUCGUUGAGAAAUCUAAUGCUUUUUAUGGAGGAAUAUGGCUUGAAUUCGGGGCAGCGAAUCAACAGAGCAAAAUCUCUAGUUUUUUUGGGGAAAUAUGCCUCCCGUCGUCGUUUUAUUAUCCGGAAGUUUCUUGGUGUUAAGCAAGGUUCUCUUCCUUUCACUUAUCUUGGCGUCCCUAUAUUCCAGGGACGUCCAAAAAAACUAUAUUUUCAGGCCAUUGCAGAUAGAGUACGAUGUAAACUGGCAUCUUGGAAAGGUUCUUUGCUUUCACAAGCAGGUAGGAUUCAGCUUAUUCAGUCAGUGAUACAAGGCAUUUUGGUCUACAGUUUCCAAAUUUAUGAGUGGCCGACAUGCCUGCUUCGUGACCUGCAAUCUUGUAUUAGGAAUUUUUUUUGGACUGGUGAUCCUUUAAAAAGAGGCAUGCCUCUUCUAGCUUGGCGUAUUUGCUGUAAACCCAAGGUGGAAGGAGGUUUGGGAUUACGUGAUCUCUUUGAGGCUAAUCGUGCUCUUCUAAUAAAGCGGUGUUGGGAGGUGCUCUCUUCUUCCUCUCCUGCUUCUAUUUUGGUAAGGACUCGGUUUUUAAAUGAAGACUUUCAACCUCUAAAAUCUUUUAAAAAAUCCUCAGUUUGGUUGGGUCUCAAAAAGGUUUGGCCUACAUUCUUCAAUUCUCUACAAUGGUGUGUUGGCAAUGGUCGGAAAAUUUCCUUUUGGUUUGAUAAUUGGUUAGGUGAGCCUUUAGCUUCCACUAUUGGAGUAGCUGGCGCCAUUCCGCUCCAAGCCAAACUGCAUGAGUUUAUUGUGGAUUCGAAUUGGGUUCUUCCAGAAGAUUUUAUAGCUUCCUUUCCUCAAGUUGCUGGUAAAAUAAAGCAAAUUGCUUUGCCUGUGGAAGACACAACUGAUUCCCUUUUGUGGCCUGGUUCCUCCUCAGGUGUUCUGACAGCUAAAGAAGCCUUUACUUUCUUUUCAAGUCACAUUGAUCGUCGGAAUUGGGGUCAAGUCAUAUGGAACAAAGCAAUUCAGCCACGCAAAAGCCUUGUUGUUUGGAAAGCUCUUCAUGGGCGGCUGCUUACGGAUGAUGCAUUGCAGCGGCGAGGUUUUUCCCUCCCAUCCUGUUGCUCUUUCUGUGGUAGUCAUGCCGAGUCAUAUACGCAUCUUCUCCUACACUGUCCUCAAAUUGUGCCUUUAUGGAAAUGGAUUUGUCUUCUUUUUUCUCAUUCUUUCUCCCCUUGGAAUACUCUUGAGGAAGUGUUUUUUGGAGAUUUUGCUUCUACUCUCUCUAAACAUAAGCGUCAGCUUUGGUUUCUAGUAAUUGGCAAUCUAAUUUGGUAUAUUUGGAUCACUAGAAAUCUGCUGCGUUUUGAGGCUAAGGUGUUUGAUGUUUUGGAUGCCCAGCGUCAGCUUUUGGAGUUGUUCAAGGAGUCUGCUAAGCUUUCUUUCCAUCCCUACAAAAAGCACACAAUUGCUUCUAUUUACUCUAUUCUUGGGAUCUCUCAAUUGUCAGCUGCUGCUGCUAGUUUUAUUCCGUCCUUCCAUUCUUUGGAACUGGUUUCACUCUAUCAUCCACCAUGA